GUGAGCCUGUGGUGGUGGUAGUGUGGCAGUAGCUGGGCUGUGAAAGGAAGAGGGAUUCAUUUUGUUUUGUGUGAUCAAUACUACUACAUCUGGACAUGAUACUUAUAGUAAUGGGAGUGUGCGGGAGUGGGAAGACAACUGUGGGGUCGUGUCUUGGAAAUAAGCUGGGAUGGACAUUUUAUGAUGCAGAUGACUAUCAUCCCAAGGGAAACAUAGACAAGAUGUCAAGUGGAAUACCCCUAAAUGAUCAGGACAGGGUACCCUGGUUACAGAUUUUGCAUGACAUAAUAAUAAGGGAAUGGUCUUCAGGAAGAAAUGUAAUCCUAGCCUGCUCUGCCUUGAAAAAACUAUACAGGCAGAUAAUGGCGAUGGGGUCUGAGAUUCUACAUUCCGUUACUGAUGAGGAGAAGUAUCCAAGAAAAGACUUGCUGUUUGUGUACCUGCAUGGGACCAUAGAGCUCAUCACGAAGCGGCUUGCAGCACGGAAAGGGCAUUACAUGGCAGAAAAUUUAAUACAGUCCCAGUUUGAUGUACUGGAGCCACCAGCUGAACCCGAGAAUUUCAUUACUGUGGAAAUAGCAAAAAGCAUACCCGAAAUUGUGGCUGAGAUUGAGAAUGCUCUUUAUAACCAUGGAAACUGUUCAAGUUGACUGUACUGAGAGGACAGCAGUCAUGCCUGCUCACACACCACACACCAACAAAUUAUUCUAUGAACUAUUGAGUGAAAUAAAGUGACUGCAACCUUUAAUCUCAAUUAUGAAGUUUAAUGAAGUUUAUUUUUAAACAUUGAAUGUAUCCCCCCUCUGCUGGCUAAAGAUGUGAACAUCACUGGGAUGUACUUAAUAUUCUGGUACCUACAUAUGUUGCUCCUAUUAAUGCUAUGAAAAUAGUGUCAAAUAGUGUGUUGGUUUGGUAGGAGUACAUACAGAUUUUUGCUUUUUGGGUAUCCAUGUGAACAAGGCACCUGCACCCAGGCAGAUCAAACUAAUAAAAUGACAUUAAUAAAAACAUGUAUGGCUUUUACAACACAUACUUUAUGGAUAGACUGGAAUUACUGUUUGAGAACUGCAUCACUUUUCUUUUUUUUUUCUUUAUGAAGCAUUUACUGAGUGAAAUGGGGUACAUGUUAAACAACAUAAUUUCAAUAUUUCUUGUAUACAUGUAUACAUUUAUAAAUAUUUAUUUAUAAACCUUU